UUGUUAAAUGUUAAAUAAAAUAAAUAUUUCAAUUGAAAUGGAUGAGUUAGCGAUGCGAUGAUGCAUCUGUUGGUCCGAUCUAAACGGGAUUCGGAAAUGCAGAUCGCAAGCUAAAUUGGCAACCAAAACAACAGUUCCGUUUUCCAGUUUGCACAAUAAGUAAAUCCAGCUGACCCAAUUGUUUCGACCUCACCAAUUAAAAAGUGUAAGGUAAAUGAUGAGGUGGCGGGCGGUUGUUUGUUCGGCGGGCGGGAGUGACGUCGGCUGCUGGGAGUUGGGACUCAGGAAGCCGGGAGCGCUGGACCGCCGUUAUUGCGCCGGGCGCGCCAAUUGAAGCGCGUGUCCGCUACUCGCGCCCAAUCCAGCAUGCACGCUCCGCGAUAUUUCGGACGUCGAAUUUGAGUGCAUUACAUCCUCCGACAAACGACAGUGCAAAAAUGAAAUGUUUCCUUUGUUUCGUGUUGAUCGUGCUCCUCGGGGACUCGAGUGCGAAUCACGACGUCGAAAUGGUGGAAGCAGUUGUGGGACAUACUGCAGAGCUUCCCUGCAACGUCACCUCUGAAAUAGAAGGUGACAAACUGAACAUCAUCGCGUGGUACAAAAAUGGAUCAUCUACAGCAUUUUACAGCAGUCGCGACUUCCGCAAUCAGAACGGCAAGGCUGGCUCGGCUCCUGACCGUUACCGUAUGCUGCGCUCGGGCACUGAAGACACUGACGUGCUUCAGAUCGCCUCCGUGCGGCCCGCCGAUGCCGGCGUCUACAUCUGCCAUGUCGACUUCGACUCGAGCCCUUCGCACAAGACUUACGUGCAAGUCACUGUCAUUGAUCCCCCACAGCGAUUGUACGUGAUCCACGAGAACGGCACGCGGCUGGCCGCCGCCGGCGCCGGCUCCAACACCAGCCGCAGCAUCGGCCCCUACUACGUCGGAGACACCGUCCAUUUGUUCUGCGUCUCGUUUGGUGGCAAGCCGCAGCCGUCGCUAUCGUGGCGCGCGGGCCGGCGGCUGCUGAAGGAGUCGUGGACGCAGCUGUCGGAGCAGCGCGUGCGCAGCGACGUGCUGUACGGGCCGCUGGAGCGCGAGGACCACGGCCUGCCGCUCACCUGCGCCGCCGCCAACAACAACCGCAGCCAGCCGCUGGCCAUCGACCUCAUUGUAGACAUGCACUUGUCUCCGCUGCUGAUAUCGGUGCGCAGUGCGUCGAACCGCAACAGCGCGGGGCGCGCGCGCGCAGGCGAGCCGCUGGGCGUGCAGUGCCGCGUGCUGGGCGCGCGCCCGGCGCCCGACGUCGAGUGGCGCCUCAACGACGCACGGCUCGUCAACUUGGAACAGAAUAUCACGACUGACGCGUCGCAGCGGUUGCUGGUAAGCGAGGUGCAGCUGUCGCUGGGCCCGGAGCACGACGAGGCGCGGCUGACGUGCUGCGUGCCGCUGUACACGCGCGCCGCAGAAGACCAAGCCCUCUGCGCCGCCCCUUUCCCUAUCACUGUGCGGUACAAACCCAUUGUGCAAAUCGUUGUGCCAAACGAUUUGAAAAAUACCACGAUGGCAGUCGUGAAGGGAUCAGACGUAGUGAUGAACUGCUCCUACGACGCCAACCCAGACCCGCACGUUCUAGUAUGGUACUUUCAGGAUGACGUCCUAGUCAAGUACCAUGACGGUGAUAUAACGCCCACCCUGACGUUAUCGAAAGUGAGCGACGAGCAGGCGGGCGAGUACGGCUGCGAAGUGGGCAACGCGGAGGGCACCACGUAUUCUGGAGAAAACGUCGUCAUUGACGUCAUUUAUCCAGCAUAUUGCGAAGAGACAGAUAUUAUAGAAUUUGGUUUAGGGGAAGACGAAUUUUUAAACAUAACAUGCAAUGUCAAAGGCAACCCUCCGCCGACUCAGUACCGGUGGGUCCUGGUGAACGACUCCGUGACGGUGAACACCAUCAGAAACACUUCGCAGACUACUGUGGAAACAGAGGAGCCUACGUUACUCUAUCAAAGACCGAGUGGCACGCCUUUUACUACGGUGUUCUGUUGGGGUCUCAAUGGGGUACCAAGCAGCGGGCUGCCUCACACUCCGUGUAUUUCUCUGAUAACCGACGAAACGCCGCCGCGAUCGCCGACCGACUGCGUCGCGACGCGAGUCGAGUCGAAGGACAUAACGAUCACAUGCGAAAAAGGCUACAAUGGUGGAUUACCACAGCACUUUAAAUUUGUUGUAAAACCGAUAGAUGACGAAAACCACCAAGAAGAAAUCCUAUCGAUAACUAAGAUGGAACCCAAUUUUUUAAUACAAGAACCAAGCGAAGAGAAAUAUAAAUUCGUUAUUUUAGCCAUAAACGACAAAGGAGAGAGCAGUGAAGUGGAAAUUGCGAUGGAGGAUAUCGUUAAUGAAAACCCGGAAGUAUUGCCAAAGAGCGCCAUCGCGAAUAUCACGACGCUGGCGCUGGCGCUGUGCGGGGGCGUGGCGCUGGUGGCGCUGGCGGCGUGCGGGCUCGUGCUGUGCGCGCACGAGCGCGGCUCGCGCGACCUGCCGCGCGCCGUCUCAGAGCCGCCGCUGUGCGCGUACAACACGGAAGAAUCCAACUGCGACACGUUCCACGGUAGCGACGACGGCAGCGAAUGCAACGUGCGCCGAACCGAUUCGUUUCGGCGAGCAGUGUCGCGGUACCCUUCGAGAAACUUCGACGUGCGAAGAACUAGCUCGUUCCACUCCGCGCGGUACAUGAACGACAUGGCCGAGCAGGAGCCCACCAAGUGCAGCGACGUGCUGCGACACAGCGCCAGCUGUAGGGUACACUCCCUUCAAAACAUCAAUAAGAAAAGGGACAUGGACAUGCAAUGCGAUCAUCUCGUUAUGCAUUUACCGAGCGAAGUUAAUUACAACGUGCCCAGACCUAUGAACACGUUCUACACAAUGCCAAGAAAGAUGCGACAAAAGUUGGCGAAAGAGCUCAGCGACGAAGCAUCCGAAAUAACACAAACGUCGGACGGCUUCUCGCUUCCGCCGCCACCGGACGAAUACGGGACGUAUCGAGCCGGCACUCGAAUAAAGGACAUGCCCACAAAGUCAACGCCGACUUACAGCACAGUCGUGAAGAAAAGUUCGGGAAAAGAACCAAAGAAUUAUAAUAAUGUGAUAAUAUCUCCUAUGAAUACGGUGGGCCUGCCGACCGUGAGCGCGCACGCCGGCGCCUACAGCUACCCCGACGACGAACAACGGCCGCACCAGAACACGACUGGCAUAUUAACAACUUUCCAAGGCCAUAUUAGUGGUAAAGAGUCUGGACUAUAAUUUAAUUUAGGCUAAGACAAACAAGUCAUGAAUCGUUAUUUUUAUGUAUUUACUAUGUAUAAUAUUUUAAGAUCUCAUUCUUCAUUAAAUAAUAAGAUAUAAGGGCUUUAAAUUAUAGAAAGUCAUAAUUAUGUACUUCAAUCAUCAUUUAUUUACAAAAAUAGAAAUGGUUCACAUUAUUUAGUGCCUUUAAGAUGUAUCUAGAUUUCUCGUUUUCUAUUUUUACAUGCACAUGAUAA